GUCUUGGUAUGCUAAGGGCAGAUCUCUUACUGCAGGGUGAAGAUUGGCCAGAUUUGUUGAAAGGGGGUCCAGGUUUGCGAAGUAUUCCUGACUCCUGGAUAAAAAUCCAAACCAACACUAUAGAAGAAACCAACUUGACAAACACCCCACCAACAAAACCAACAAUACUAAAUAA